AUGUCGUUUAUCCUGCGAAAGCUGCAAGGCGGAAACCUUGAAGUCUUCAAGUUCGGCAUGUAUGUCCUCUUCCCCAUCGGUUGGAUGUACUACUUUGGGACGAACCUAGAAGACCGGUUCUCCGUCCCCGGUUUCUGGCCUACCACCGAACAGUCACACAAGAUCCCAGACUCGAAAGAGGAGAUUGACCGUGAGCUGGCGCGCAUGCGCAUGCGGGAUGCCAUUCGGAGGGAAAAGAGAAAGGAACAAGAGGCUAUGGUGGCUGCUGGGGCCGAGGAGGGAGCAUGA